AUGGCAGGCGCCAACGCGACGAUCGUAGUCGUCAUCAACGGUACAUCCACGGCGUACUCGUGGACGUCCUUGGCGGCCGCGCUGGAGGCCGACUGCAAGGCCACCGGGGCCUGCCUCGCGAAUCCGAGCCGCGACGUCGACGUGGUCUGGGUGCUCUUUGGCACGCUGCAGAUCCUUCUGCUGCUGAUAGGACUCGCCUUUCGCGCGACGCUUGGCGCCAAGCUCUUGCACGUGGCAAGUCUUGCAACGCUCGUAAGCUUUGUCUAUGGCUUUGCACUCGCGUUCGGCGCUGGCGAUGGCUUCAUUGGCCACAAUGGUUUCGCGCUCUCGUCAACGGCAUUCAACGACGCAUCCGGCUUGCACUUGGCGCAGUGGUUUCAACAGCUCACAGUCUCGCUUGUGCUCACAAUGAUCCUGGCGCUCGGCCUCGAGCGGCUACUGGCACCCUCGUCUCUCGCUGCGUACAUUGCAUUUGUGCUCGGCGUUGUCCAUCCGCCUGUGGCGCACGCCGUGUGGGCUUCCGAUGGCUGGCUCUACGGCAACCACCUCUUUGGCACCGGUGUCGUCGAUCUAAGCGGCAGCGCCGUCUUGCACGUCACAGCCGGCGCGGCGGUCGGUGUCAUCUCGGUGCUGCUUCGUCGGGAUCGGUCGGUCGUGUGGCAUGCACCGGUCGCACCGCAUCGCUCACUCGCGACACUCUUCAUUUGGAUUGGGUGGUACGGCUUGAUAUACAUCUCGACGCCGGCCAUCCACGGCGACUGCGCAACUGUGAGUCUCCGCGGUAUCGAAAACCUCACCGUCGCCGCCGCCACCAGUGGCUUGCUCUCGUCCGCCAUCCACUGGCACUGGCGCCUCCUCGACGAUGACGCCAUGCACAACGGCGUUCUCAGCGGCCUCGUCGCCAUCUCUGCGUCGACGAGCGCCGUGCACCCGCUUGCAGCCGCCCUUAUCGGAGCCGGUGCUGCUGUGCUCUACGCUGUCGGCACGCAUCUGCUCUACAAGUGGGACGUCUUUGGCGCCACGACCGAUGUCGUCGUCGUGCACCUUGGCAACGGACUGUACGGCAUUCUUAUCGCGAGUCUCUGUGUGACAUCGCAUCGACUUGACGCCGCCUUCAAAUGCAGUUGGGCAACGUUGCUAUCGAAAGAGAGCCACCGCAUUGGUUGUGGUCUCUGGGAACCGUGUGAGAAUUCCCUUGGCGCCAAGCUCGUAGCCGCGAAUGUCAUUGGCGGCAGCGUGAUUCUGCUCUGGACGACGGCGCUCUGUACGGCGAUGGCCGCCCCGCUCGUGCAUUUUGGCUACCUCCACGCACCCGCCAAGGACUUCUCAGUCUUUGACGACAUGUUCUCCAUGACGUCGGACAUUGAGGGGUCGACGUACCAUGACCUGGACGACGAGUUUGCAAGUCCCGAGUCGCCAACGAGUCGCGGUCUCCUCUGA